AAUCACUCUACAUUUGUAUUUUAUAUUUCACAUACAAUACUUUGCUCCUUCUUCAUUUGUUUUUUCAUAUAUUUUCUUGCUUAUAUGCCUUUUCCAAGAGCUCUGCAAAAUUGACCAACUCUCCUUACAAGUGUUCUCCUCAUCUGUAUCUAAAAUGAGCACCUUAGAUGUCGCACGCGCUGAGCUUGCACUUGCAGUGUUGUAUUUGAACAAAGCAGAAGCAAGAGACAAGAUAUGCAGGGCUAUACAAUAUGGUGCAAAAUUCCUGAGUGAUGGACAGCCCGGGACUGCGCAAAAUGUUGAUAAAUCCACUAGUUUAGCAAGGAAAUUGUUCCGUCUUUUCAAGUUUAUCAAUGAUCUUCAUGCUCUUAUUAGCCCAAAUGCUCCAGGAACCCCACUUCCACUCAUCUUGUUGGGAAAGUCUAAAAAUGCAUUACUAUCAACUUAUUUGUUUCUGGAUCAAUUUGUCUGGCUUGGAAGGUCAGGCAUUUACAAGAACAAAGAACAAACGGAGUUGAUUGGCAGAAUCUCUUUCUUUAGUUGGAUGGGAUCCUCAAUUUGUACCGCCUUGGUGGAGAUUGGAGAACUUGGAAGGCUUUCAUCAUCAAUGAAAAAGUUAGAAAAGGAACUAAAGAAUACUGAUAAAUAUAUGAAUGAGCAAUAUCGAAGUAAGCUUCAAAAGUCGAAUGAGAGAUCCCUAGCCCUGAUUAAGGCAGGCACAGAUAUAGUGGUUGCUGUUGGAUUACUUCAAUUGGCACCCAAGAAAGUCACCCCUCGUGUAACGGGAGCCUUUGGCUUCGUUAGCUCGCUGAUUUCAUGUUAUCAGUUGCUUCCGUCAUCGCCAAAGGACAAAGCGUCCUGAUAAAGGUCUGAUGCUGCUCAAGAACAUUUCCCAAUUCCCAGAUCACCAGAAUAAGUUGUUAUAAGUUAUUUUAGCAGUUUGUGCAACAAAUUGUGGUGGAAUUACACCUUGUUGUUUACUAUAUGUUAAAAUUAUGUGUUUUUAAGUCUUGUAGAUCUUGUUAUCAACGUUAAAUAAUAAAAGAUUCUAUAUUAUAUAUAAA